AUGCAAAUCUAUCACUAUGCAUUCUGGCUGUUAACUUUGAGCGUUGUUUUGGCUAAUACGGGAUCUCUGUCUCGAUCGAUAGACAAUGAAAAAUAUGAAGAAGUAUAUGAUCCAAAUAAUUCUUAUGAUCAUAUCGAUGCACCAUAUAGUCUUACGGCAUAUUUAAAUAAUCCUCUGGCAUUCGAAAUAACUGACGGUACAGCGUAUCAUAGGCCACUAUCAUUCGAACGGCAAAGAAGAUCAAUAAGAAAAGGUGAUUCAAGUGAAUUCAUGGGUUAA